CCACCUCACUCAUCAACCGCCUCGGGGGUUGCUGCCUCACUGAAGGGCAACUCUUCAAAAUUCUGUCUACUGCUCGAUUUCGACCUAGCUUAACAUAUUUAAGCGCAUAAUGGCGCCAACAGCCGGCAGGGCCCUCCAAGCGAAGUUCGGGAUCGCCAAUGGAUCAGAUGCGGUAGCGUCGACAUCCAAACUGGUUGCUUCUGCACCAAGCGCCUCUCAAUUGCAGAAACACAUCAUCACUGUUCAUCCCUGGGACGAUCCACACGUAUCCCCGGAUGCCAGCCAGCGCGACGGCAACUUCACCUCCUGGGUCAAGCGACGCGUCAAAGUCAAUAUUGCGGGACUUCCACCGGACUACCCCUACCAGCUUCUGAGCAGCCAGAACGUGCGCACGUUCACGUAUGCUAUGCUCCCCUUCGUGGAGUUCCGUGGCAGGGGUGCGCCACGCGAGGAUUUCGGCCUGCCCGGGGACGUAUACAUCGAUACCACCGAGGGCGAGGAGGCGCUCUACUACUGCACGGUCGGCCCGUCCCAUAGUCGAGGCUCGUGGGAGCGCUGGGAGGGGACAUACCCGCCACCGCGCCACCCGUAUCUCGACCGGGAGAAUCGCUAUCCGCGCUACCUCUGGGUGCAGCCGAAGACCUCGACAUGGGCGUCCGCGAUGUUCCUCGCGGGCCUCACGCAGGAGAUCCUGCACCCGAAGGUCACCCUCACGCAGCCGAACGCGGCGGAGACGCAGCGCGCGCGGCUGAAGGCGGAUAUCGUCGAGAUGCUCGCGAAUGAGCACGCGCCCGCGCCCCUGCCGGCGAAGAGGGGCAGGCCGAAGAUUAAGCAGGAGCCGGCGGAGAGCGCGGGGACGACGCAGUCUCACCCACCGCGCGCGCGGAAGAGGAAGCGGGAGGUCGAGGCUGCGGUGCCUCCGGCUUCGGCGCCGGUACCGGUGCCGCAGAGGCGCGCGGCGGCGGCUGCAGCUGCGAAAAUUCUGUUGAGCGCACCGCAGGGAGAUGACGACCUUCCGGACGAGUCUAUCGAGAGUAUCUCGAGCGCGCCGGCCGUGCGGCACCUGCCUUCCCUGCCUUCCAAUAAUCACAUCAGACGAGGCGCAAAGCAUAAUCAGCCUACUGAGCCUCCGCCCAUCACACCGCCUAUCGUGGCGCUUCCGCAGCCACAAGCGUCGUCGCAAGCUCCCCUGCCAACACGGGCGCCUCUCCCACGACGCAAGCCUACAGCCGCAUCUGUCUCGCUCAACAAUGCGCUCUCGCAGCUCAAGAACGUCAGCGAGGUGCUACAAAACCCACAAGACCUUGACAUCCCGAAGCUGGAGGCAGACGUGCAGAAAGUCGUGAACUCGCUUGAGGAUUCUCGACGGCGAGUCGAUGCUAGAGAAAAGGAAUUGAGAGAAGCACUCAGUACGAAGGAGAAAGCUUUGUCAGAAGCGCAGACCGAACGCGCGAAACUGGUUGCCGUGGUUCAGACUUUGCAGAAGGAGUUCGCCAAAAUAUUCAUACCGGCGUGGAAAGGGGGCGUCAACCCUUCGCAGUUGUCUAAUCCCCGCUUCAACUACGAGAAUAAUAUCUCGAAGGUUAUCCCGCCUCGCGGACCCACUGAGCUCGACAAGGCGAAGGAUCGCAUCGCCGAACUGGAACGCGAGCUCGAGAGGAUGCGCUUGCAGGAAAGGGUGCAUUCACCGCAGGAGAAGAGCGCACGUUUGCCGGACGAGCAUGUCCAUUUGACUCAAGAGGACAUGCACUUGUCGCCGGACUCUGUGCAUUUGCCACAGGAGGGCGAGCAUUUGACGCAGGAAGGUGUACAUUUGCCGCAAGAGGGUGCAUUCUUGCCGCUAGAGGGUGUACCCCUGCCGCAGGAGAUUGUGCCUCUGCCGCAGGAGAGCGUCCAUCUGCCUCCCCCUCCGGAUGCGUUACCGCCACCUCUCGUCAAGGAGGAACCGCAGCUGCCUCCACCGUUGGAGUUCUCGCACUUUGCGAGCGGGGAGACGUCUCGAGCCAAUUCAGAGGUGGAGAUUUUGGACGGUUUAGAGCUCGAGUACCCAGAGUAGUUAUUCCUAGCUCAUUGUGGCGCAACUAGUGGUGAUCCCUGUCACCGUGUUCACAUUGCUUCUCGUACUCUUGUGAUGUCUUUUGCUGUAUACUACGCACUGGCCUUAGUACUUCGAGAAACCGUUUGCCUUCCAUGUUUUUGAUGGCAUCUUUGUGACCACCAUCAAUCCUGC